AUGGGUUGGUUUUGGUCAGACAUUCCUGCGCCGCCUGCGUCCGCACCGGCCGCACCGCAUCCCAACACGCCCGCUGGAACACCACCGCCCGGUUGCCCGAUGCACAAGAAGACGAUCGACGCCCUGAACCCAGCAGCAGCAGCAACCAACGCCAGUUCGACCAAAGCAACACCACCAUCAUCAUGCCCCGUUUCCCACGACCAGGCCCCUGCACAGAAACAGCAGUCCGCCUUCUCCCGCCUCAACCCCCUCAACUACAUGUUCCCUGACUUGUCUAACGCGCCGGCCCCGAACCAAACCGUCGCGCUGCCAACCGAGCGCGAGCAUUCCUCCAUCCCGCGCGGCGGCGGCGAGGGCAACUGGGAGUACCCGUCGCCGCAGCAAAUGUACCACGCCCUCCUGCGAAAGGGCUACACCGACACGGACCCCACCGCCGUCGAGGCCAUGGUUGCCUGCCACAACUUCCUCAACGAGGGCGCCUGGGCCGAGAUUGUCGACUGGGAGAGGCGCUUCAGUAAGGGUCUGAUCCGCGGCUGGCAGAUCAGCCGGCAGGGAGAGGAGAGAGCCCCGCAGAUUCUGCGCAGGCUCGAGAGGGAGGAGGGCGCCGAGCCCGUCGUUCCUAGCCUUGUCAGGUUCCAGGGCAGGCCCAAGGACAUGACGCCAAAGGCGGCGUUUUUCCAGGUCAUGGGCUGGCUUUAUCCCUCCAAGUUUGAGACCGAGCCGCCUUUUGAUCGCCAUGACUGGUACGUCCAGCGAGAUUUCAACGGCCAAAAGAAGGAGGUCCGCUACGUUAUCGAUUACUACUCCGGUCCGCCGGAGCCCACUGGCGAGCCCGUCUUCUACCUCGACGUGCGCCCUGCUGCCACCCCGACUGGCGCUGCGGAGCGCCUCAUCAGAUGGGGCAGCGACGUCUGGUGGCGUGCCGCUGGCCUCGAAGCCAGGGAGCAGCAGCAAGGCAAGACCCAAUAG